AUGAUUCGGGGUUCUUUUUGUCGAGGUGCAUCUCGAGCUGGUCAAUGUAUCGAGCAGAGUCCGAGAAAUCGCAUGCCCCCUUGCAACGAACGCCAGUGUAAUGGCUUACAUCCGAAUUUGCCAUUCCUUGUCUUCCGAUCCUGCCGCAUUUUUGCGUUCGACCAUGUAGACGUCAAAUUCGGCUUGAGCAGGUGGCACGGAUGCUGCCAGAAAGGCUGUGGUGAGGAUACUGAACUUCAUGAUGUUUCCUUUUGA